UUUAUUUGACUCAGCUUUUCUGUGACCUCGUCGCUGUCACUUUAUAGACAACGUUGAACGUCUCUUUAAAGAGAUGUGAAAGUUUUUUGUCGCUGCUCUUGUUAUGUUUUGCACGGAGUCUGUUAGCCGCGAAGCUAAUUAAGCUAACCCAGCUAGCUCGUUAGCAGCGAUGUCAGCGUGGCGGCGGCUGCGGGUGAAGCUGCGGUCGGUUCCGGGAUUCCUCGUCUCCAUACGGCCGACACAGAGACACACGAGCCCGUAUGGACGUCUAACGUUGUGUCGAAGCCUGAGCACUGGUUCACAUCUCCGAAAUGAAUUCUUUAAAGACCUGGAGGCCCAGCUGGCAGCCUUCAGGAAGAAGGCUGCGGAUGCUCUGCCGGGGAGCAGCUGGUCUCCUCUGCAGAUCAACCCCAACCUUCCCCCGGAGAGAGCCGACAUAGUGAUAGUCGGAGGCGGCGUGGUGGGCUGGUCCAUCGCCUACUGGCUCAAACAGAAGGAGAUGGUCCGAGGAGGGGUGAGGGUCGUUGUUGUGGAGAAAGAUCCAACGUACUCCCAGGCCUCCACGGUUCUGUCUGCUGGGGGGAUCCGACAGCAGUUCUCCCUGCUGGAGAACAUCCACCUUUCUCUGGCCUCCGCAGACUUCAUGAGGAACAUUAACGAGCAUCUCGGCGUGUUGAACGAAGACCCGGUGGACCUGCAGUUCAACCAAUCAGGAUACCUCUUCCUGGCGAAUGAGGAAGUGGCUCACAUUAUGGAGGAGAACUACAGCACCCAGAGGUAUGCUGGAGCCAAAGUUUCUCUUCUCUCCCCGACACAACUGAAGCAGAAGUUUCCGUGGGUAAACACAGACGGGGUGGUGCUCGCAUCAUACGGGCUGGAGAACGAAGGCUGGUUCGACCCCUGGACUCUGCUGAACGCCUUCAGGAGGAAAGCUAUCUCUAUGGGAGUCAUUCAGUGCUACGGAGAAGUUACAGAUUUUAAAUGUACAACAAACGUAUUGAGAACUUCUUCUGGGGAUACUGUGGAUCUAAAGAGAAUAGGAUCUGUCAAAGUGCAGAUGCCCAACAGCCUGGAGUACCAGCCGGUGGAAUGUGCCAUUGUGGUCAAUGCAGCAGGAGCCUUUUCUGGUAAACUGACCGAGAUGCUGGGAAUUGGCUCCGGCCCCAAAGACUCCAUCGCUGGAAUUCCGCUGCCUGUUGAGCCUCGGAAAAGGUAUGUGUACGUGGUCCACUGUCCCGACGGUCCAGGUUUAGACACUCCCUUCUUGAUUGAUUACUCUGGAGUUUACUUCAGAAGAGAAGGUUUAGGAGGAAACUACAUCGCUGGGGUUUCACCAGAGGAGGCGGAGGAGCCGGAUACCAGCAAUCUCGAGGUGGACCACCAGUUUUUUGAGGAAAGGGUUUGGCCUGGUUUGGCUCACCGAGUUCCUGCUUUUGAGAAACUGAAGGUGACCAGUGCCUGGGCAGGUUUCUACGACUACAACACCUUCGACCAGAACGGCAUCAUCGGUAUUCACCCCCUCAUCAACAACAUGUACUUGGCCACCGGCUUCAGUGGCCACGGCCUGCAACAUUCGCCCGCGGUGGGUCGCGCUGUGGCAGAACUGAUCCUGGACGGAAACUUUAAAACUAUUGACUUGAGCAACUUCAGCUUCAGACGGAUUCUGACCCAAGAACCGAUGCUGGAGAAAAACAUCGUGUAGCGAAGCUAGAAUCUGGACUCGUACUGUUCACGCUGAUGCCAAUGACAAAUUAUUACAAUUCAGGUCUUAUUUUUGUAGCUGGUAACUUUAUUUUUAUCAGUAAUAUUGAGGCGGUAUUCACCAGAUUUGUUACUAAACUUUGGGAACUUAAUCACAACAGUCAGUUAUUUCAGAAAAUGUCCAAACACAACAUUUAUUUAUAAACGUGAGCUGCAGAAAUGAUGUCUCUUGUCAGGAAUAAAGGAGGAAGUCGUGUGAGAUUUGGGUGGGUGAAUGGGUCAACAAAACAUCAGGAUUCAGUUUCCUACAGACAGUAAAUCAUACUCCUUUUAAAGAUUCAGUCAUUCUUGAACACAAACUGAACCAUAACAGUGUCAGAAAGUUGAUUUCUAACAGUGGUUUUGUAACUGUUGUGGAAGGCACUAACAAUCGAUUGAUUAAUCAGUCAAUGGAUCAAUCAAACUGUGAUUUACAAAGUUGGUCACCUUCUGUACAGGCAAUUGACACGACAAUAAUAAGUUCAAAUUAGGGCUGCAGCUAUCGACUAUUUUAGUCAUUGAGUAUUCUAUCGAUUAUUCUAGCGAUUACUCGAGUGAUCAGACUUCACGCUUUGCACACGUGUUACAGUAUCGAAAGUGGAAGUGAGCCCACUGUGUAACAGAAAAAACCGUCCUGGUGGAACACGGGCGGACAUCUGCAGUGUGUUGUGCAUAUAUAGUAUGAUACAGGGGUAUAUCACAUAUAUAGUAUAGUACAGGGGUAUAGUACAUAUAUAGUAUGGUACAAGGGUAUUCAGUUAAAACUAAAGUCACGGGAACCCGACAUGUAUUUAGUUGGUGAUGAAGAAAUACCAUAAAUCUGUCUUUCUUUGGUCCGUUUAAAUUGCUGGUACUGCAGCUGAUUGAACAAAAAUUAGAAAACUGAUCAGUUUAUUAGUAUUUGUUACAGGGAAUAUUCAGUCAGUAACAAGUUUCACUUCACUUUGAUUUGGCCACAGAUUAAAGUGAUUUCCUUCAAUAUAAGACGGUGCCAGACCUACUUGCACUUCAAUACAAUAUCAUGUUUGAAUAUAUAAAGUCUGAUAGUUUUAUUGUGCAGUUGUCUGUUAGAAAUAAUCAUCUGCAUCGAUUGGUAAAAUGUAUUUCACACGUUUGACAGUUUUCUACCAGCAUUCCUGUCUUACAUCAUUUCCAGUUGCAGCUUUUUACUGUUAUGGAUUUUUAUAGUCCUCAUUGUUCUCCAUUAAAACAGUGAUUUUGUGGAAAACGA